AUGGCGUUCUUGGUAAAGCAUGCUGGUCAAGCAGCAGCCUCAGGACUGAACCAGACUAUGACAAAGAAACCGUUCAGAAUACUCUUCGACCUCGGGCUCAGACAUUCUGAGGAUCGCUAUUGUGCUGCAACUCAAGAGCAUCUGCAAAACCGACGGGCUUACAAGCUUCAACAGGGGGCCGCAGCUCAGCUUGCAUCAGGAGACCUGCAUGCCGAUGACAUGGAUCUCAUUCUCCUGAGUCACGUACACUAUGAUCAUCAUGGAGACCCUAAGACCUUUCCAAAAUCGACGUUCGUGGUUGAUCCUCCUAGAGGCAUGGGCUCUCACCAGCAUUUUGACCCUGAUCUUCUGCCCCUAGACCGCGUCAUUAAGCUCAGCUCGCCUGCUGAUAGAACUAGCUGGAAACCACUUGGACCAUCCGAUGCUUCGUUGGAUGUUUUUGGUGACGGCACAGUCUACGUGUUGGAUGCGCCUGACCAUUUGCCUGGUCAUAUCAACCUUUUGUGUCGGACAAGAUCAAACAAAUUUGUCUGUCUGAGCGGCGAUGCCUUUCACGAUAGACGUCUACUGGAUGAAGAUCGCGAUUUCGCUCAUUGGGAGACCGAAGUCGGUCAUCGAAUGUGUAUACACACUGAUCCAGCUGGGGCAAGGCAGACCCUGCAGAAAGUCAAGGUCUUAGCCAGCUGGGGCGUCGAAGUAAUAUCGGCUCACGACCAUGAAUGGCUGAAAUUCAACCAACAUAAUAUGUUCCCAGAUACAAUCUAG